GGAAGGGCAUUGGGCCCGAUGAGCUCACUCCAGUGGGGGCUUAGAGAGACCCUCCGCCCCGCUUGGGAAGCGAACCCAGGGUCCCGCCCGCCAGCCGCCGGAAAGGGCUGUCGCUUAAAAUGAUGAGGAAUCUGACGUCACCGCUGCGUGGAUCCGCACGUGCUCCCGGUGGCGAGCUCGUGCUACCGCCGCAAACAUGCCGAAAGCCAAGCAGUCGAAGCGCAGAAAGAAGUUCGAUUACAACAAGAACCGCAAAAAGCUGAAGCGGAAGUUCCAGAAGAAGAGUCGACCCUGGAUCGAAGAUUCACACAUUAGAAACGCCUGGGAUGACAGCAAGUCCACAGCCUCCAACCUGCUGGAGAUGGGUCUGUCAUCGGACCCCAACCGGACCCUGCCCGUGAAGAAGACAAAGAGCGCUGCACAAAGAUCCAGGAUCAUCACCAAACCCUACAUCCUCAACCAACUGGAAGAAGAAGCCAGCCUCCCUGAGAAAGACUGCAAGACGCUGUCGUCUGACCUGAUGGAGUACGUCCAGUACAUGAUCCGCCAGCACAAGGACGACUACAAGGCGAUGGCGAGAGACGACAAGAACUAUUACCAGGACACCCCUAAACAGAUCAAGAGGAAGAUCAACGAGUACAAACGCUGCCACCCGCAGCUCUUCCAAGCCUUUGUGGACUCGCUCGGCGCUCCAGAACCCAUGCUUCUGUAGGUGGGGCUGACAUGGGAUGCUGCAGAGCUGGACUCACAGACCCGAGCGCCUCCUGAGCCAGCGGGACGGCUGCUGUGGGGACUGGGGACUCGGCCCCAUCAGACGGGACGGCUGAAGUCUUUCAGAGCCCUGCUAGAGCGAACUCUUUUUCUACAAUAAUCCUUCAAAAUAAAAGCAUUUGUUUCCUGUGACAGACACAUUUAUUCUUGUAUUCAAAGAUUUGAGACAAUAAAAGACGAUCAAAGUGAAAUCCUUCA